AUGGUCGGACCAGCAGCAUCUUCUUUGACUCCCCUUGCCCGUGCCGAUGGCUCGGCCUCCUACAAAUGCCCCUCGACCGGAUCAAACAUCCUGGGCUCCGUCAAUGCCCCCGUGGAGCUUCCUGGGCGUCGUGAUGCUCUGAAACCCGAAGAGGCAACCGUGGAGGUUUUCGUCAAGCCGGGGACUGCUGCCGGUGGAGUUGGCGAACGAUACGUCGAGGGAAUUAUAAAAACCUUGCUGGGAAGAUUAAUUUUGGGGAGAGAAAAGGGAUACGCAAGACGAGGCGUUGUACUUACACUGGCCAUUGUUGGCGGUGAAAGUGUGCCCAGGGGGGAUUCGAUUAUCCGAGAGCCCUCACCAAAUGAUGCCCAAUCGGCAACAUCGCUUCACGUUCUAGCCUUCUCUUCUAAGGGCCAUCUUUUGCUCACCGAAAGCCAAGGGGCCUUCGAUUUCGACACCUGGGAGAGAGUCCGUGAACGCGCUUUGACCAUUUGCCAUGGCACCUUGGCUCAGAGCUCCGACGGUGAUGUGGCUAUGGCGGAAGAUGUGGAUGGCCAACCUCUCGAAGGGAUAGUACGGGAGGCUGUUGAGGACAAACUCCAUCAGGACUAUGCUUGGAAAAUUGAUGAGGCUUGA